CCUAGUGGGGCUGCUGCUUCCUAUUACCUCCUGUUUGUAGAUGAAUAGAACAUUUUUAGCAUAUCUCGCGUGGGCCAUUGUGAUUUGGUCACUGAAAGCAUUACAUUGAUACAUAAAGAAACACCAGCCUUUAAGUAGAAGAAUUGUGAUGUCUGCUCAAUUGCCCCCAGUGACCACUGACCAGGUGAAGGUGGCAAUUACCAAGCUGGUGCAGUUCUUACAGAGGACCAGGCAGAUUUCAGAAGCACACACUGUGGAUUUCUAUACUGAAGAUGUUUGGAACAACUUAGUGGCUAUACCCCCGGCUACUGUACUCUCCACGUUCCAUGAACAGUCAAAAACUUCUUCUCAGACACACGGCGGCGUUCCUGAUCUAUCCAGCAUCUUCUGUCACACUACCCAAAGACUAGUAAAUUUCAAGGCUUUUGUCAAAGCCGCGCAGUACCACUCUCUUGCGGAUUUGGGCAUAUGCACUCCAGUAGACGAAUUACUUGAGGCUCUCUCCGUAAAUCAAGCACUAAGACCUAAUAAAGAAAUGAAGGCAGACACGUUUAUGAACGAUAAGAAAUCACAUGAAGUUUUGAUGAUGUCAAAGUUAGUUGAUGGCAUUGCAAGUGUUUGUGGAGUGAAACAGGUCAUAGACUUGGGAGCUGGAAAAGGCUAUUUAAGCUCGUAUUUAUCUAUGCAAUAUGACCUUAAAGUCUAUGGGAUCGACUCUUCUCAUACCACUACAGAUGGAGCCAACAAGAGAAACCGGAAAUUGAAAAAAUAUUGGCAAGCCUAUAAAGCUAAUGCCAGAACAUCUUCAAAAGCUCAGGAAUCUAACCAAACAAAAGCAAGUGUAUUGCCCAGGAACAUGUGCGUGGAAGUAAAUACCAACAGAGAUUUAUCGAGAUAUGAGAACAGUGCAUUCCAAUUAGAGGAAUUAUCCAUUUGUGACUCAGCAAUCAUGGACAAAAGUAAUUCAAACACAAACUCACUCAGUUUAGAACGCUCCAAAGAAGACUAUGAAACAAAUAAUGUGUCACUAGGCAUGGAUGUUUCUCGUGAAAACACUUUGUCCUUCCUGGAUAUCCUGCCGCCUGAUGCUGUGGAACUGUCUUCUGUGUCCCAAGGUGCUUCCAGAGUUCUCAGUGAACAAGAAAAAGAGCAAAGGAAAAUUGAGAAUAUCAAGGCCAAAAAGCGGAAUGAAUCUACUGUUUAUUCGCCCCUCACUUCCUAUGUCACUGCAGACACAGAGCUACGUGACAUUAUUAAAGAUUUUAAGGAAGCGAUUAUGGUGGGCUUACACACAUGUGGAGACCUUGCGCCAAACACAUUACGUAUUUACACCACCAAACCAGAAAUUAAAGCAGUGUGCAGCGUGGGAUGUUGCUACCAUCUGAUGUCUGAGGAAUUUGACAGCCCAGAAAAAGCUAACACAGUGAAAACGUGGGGGUUUCCAAUGAGUCGAUAUGUGAAAGAGAGUUGCUGCUGCAUUGGUCGUAACUCUAGGAUGUCAGCUUGUUUGGCUUUGGAUCGCGUUGCGGUCGGCCAAGGGCUUCCAGUUGAGUCCUUGUUUUACCGAGCUGUGCUGCAGGUCAUGUGCAGAGACAUAUAUGCAAUCACCCAAAGAGACUGGCAAAAACUGCAGGGGGUCAGUUCAGGUGAUUUGAAGGAUAAUAUGCGUGAAAAACGUGUUGGGAAGAUUUAUGCGAAGUCUACAUGCUUUACUGAUUAUGUCAGGAAGUCUCUGCAAAAGCUUGGGCAAGAUCAUUCAAAAUUAUCAGACAAGCAGAUUACAGACUACUACGAAAAAUUUCUCCCUAGAAAAAUUGAACUGGAAGCAUUUAACAUGCUGAAAGUUUUCCUGGCUCCUUCCGUUGAGGCCCUGAUCCUGCUGGAUCGACUUUGUUAUCUUAAAGAACAGGAUAACAUUGGCUGGUCAGGAUUGGUGAAGUUAUUUGAUCCAGUGAAGUCUCCUCGAUGCUACGCAGUAGUUUCACUAAAACAGACAUAACCAUGUGAAGAAAGUCCAUUUUUUUCAGCGCAUCCUUAAAACCUGAAGCACUGCAUUAUCAGACUCCUUUGUACAGAUGAACUCCUGGUACCAUUUUAGUGACAGUAUAUGUCUGCAAGAUUCUCUCACUGUUUUAUAGUUGUUUUAAACCAGAUUCUCACUAAUAGCUAUGGAUUGAGAGCUACAUCACUACAUAUCAUAAUUGCCUUGAAAAUAAUGUUCACUCAUGUACUACAUUUUAAUUUUUUUAAAUAAAGAUAUCAUGAAAAUGGGUGAGAAUGUA